AGUGCGUUACGUCAUACAUGCGCCAUCUUUAAAUUUUCAACUCAUUGCCUUUAAAUUUUGCAGCGUCCUGACGAGCCAAAUACGAACGCUAGAAGUUUAUCUUCAGCGGAAUAAGGCAGCUACCAACGCCGAGAGGAAGUUUCGCAGCUCGAAAAAUCUUUGGGGGUUGCAAAAUCCGUCAUACAGACUUGUCACGAAAGGAGCCAGACCAGGUUUACAAAGAUGACGAGCACAGAGGGAAAACUCCAGGUGGUGAGACAACUCCACGAUAUUGCUAGGCAACCACAGGGUCACGAUGUCAUCACUCAGGACCCCAGCCUGCUGUCCGGCCUGGUUCUGUUCCUGGAUGUUCAGCAGCACGAGGAAACUGUCGUAUGCGCCAGCCUCGAGGUUUUGGAGCUGCUGGCCCACAAGCCCUCGUGCCGUCCCAUCAUGCACCAGCAGCUGGGUAUGAAGGAGUCACUGCAGCACAUCUGCAGCAGGAACACAGCAGCCCAAGCUUCAGCCCAGUCCAUCUUCCAGCUGCUGUACAACCCUCAGCAGAAGUCUAGAACUCCAGGCUCUGGCCUGAAGGACACCUACAACUCCACACGCUCGGCAAACAACAACACCAACGUCCGCAAGAAGGUCUGCUUCCUCGGAGCUGCCAACAAGAAAUCCAAAACCAUCACGCUGCAGAUUAAGGGUCUCACUGAUCAGCAUCGUCGCGAACUGUGCGUGAGCCAGCUGCUCAAGGUCAAAGGGGUCAUCAGUUUCACCUUCAACAUGCCGCACCAGAGAUGCAUCCUGAGGGCACGGCAGGAUCUCAAGGCUGAGGCCCUAGUUGCCAUGGUGAAUCAGACAGGCGUCAUGUCUGCCCAGCAGGUUGUGAGGAACGACGCAGGAGAGGAGGUGCUUCUCUCAUUCGGCGCUCACCCAGCCGAUGCGAACAAGGAGAACGCUGCUCUGCCGGACUACCUUCCCGAGGAGGACAGUCCCGUCAAGUCCGACGGGUUCACGCUCGCCAGGUCGGGUCACGACCCCCAGGGCGGAGGUCGCGGGUGGCUCAGUUCUGCCGCAGGGGCGGCCGUUAGUUAUCUGUCCAAGUCUUUCUACUGGUGAUAACGAGUUAGUUACCUCUCCUCUGAUAGUUAUGCCUGUAGGAAAAAA